GGGCCUCUGGUGGCGGUAGGGAACUGGGGGGGGAGGCGGCAACAUUGUUUCAAGUUGGACAAAUUGACAAGAGCGAGAGAUACAGUGCGUUCCAUCCCGACCUGGGGUCUCGGUGCUGGGCCCUGGUCCCCCUCCUCGGCCCCUGAGAGCUGGGUGCCGCUUUCUGCAGGGUUCCCAGGCCCCCGCUCCAGGGCCGGGCUGACCCGACUCGCUAGCGCUUCAUGGAGAACUUCCAAAAAGUGGAAAAGAUCGGAGAGGGCACGUACGGAGUUGUGUACAAAGCCAAAAACAAGGUGACGGGAGAAGUGGUGGCGCUUAAAAAAAUCCGCCUGGACACUGAGACGGAGGGUGUACCCAGCACUGCCAUACGAGAGAUCUCUCUGCUUAAGGAGCUUAACCACCCUAAUAUUGUCAAGCUGCUGGAUGUCAUUCACACAGAAAACAAACUCUACCUGGUUUUUGAGUUUCUGCACCAGGAUCUCAAGAAAUUCAUGGAUGCCUCUGCUCUCACUGGCAUUCCUCUUCCCCUUAUCAAGAGCUAUCUGUUCCAGUUGCUCCAGGGCCUAGCUUUCUGCCAUUCUCAUCGCGUCCUGCACCGAGACCUCAAACCUCAGAAUCUGCUUAUCAACGCAGAGGGGUCCAUCAAACUAGCUGACUUUGGACUAGCCAGAGCCUUUGGAGUCCCUGUUCGUACUUACACUCACGAGGUGGUGACUCUGUGGUACCGAGCACCUGAAAUCCUGCUGGGCUGCAAAUACUACUCCACAGCUGUGGACAUCUGGAGCCUGGGCUGCAUCUUUGCUGAGAUGCACCUAGUGUGUACCCAGCACCAUGCUAGGUGCUAUGGGGAACACAGAAGAAAUGGAAGACACAGUCUCUGCCCGCUGUGCUCCUAUCUAGAAGUGGCUGCAUCACAAGGAGGGGGGAUGACCGAAGUGUCUACCCCACACCCCGUGACUCGCCGGGCCCUAUUCCCCGGAGAUUCUGAGAUCGAUCAACUCUUCCGGAUCUUUCGGACUCUGGGGACCCCUGAUGAGGUGGUUUGGCCAGGAGUUACUUCUAUGCCUGAUUAUAAGCCGAGUUUCCCAAAGUGGGCCAGGCAAGAUUUUAGCAAAGUUGUGCCUCCGCUGGAUGAAGAUGGACGGAGCUUGUUAUCGCAAAUGCUGCACUACGACCCCAACAAGCGGAUUUCAGCAAAGGCAGCUCUGGCUCACCCUUUCUUCCAGGAUGUGACCAAGCCAGUACCCCACCUUCGACUCUGAUGUCCUUCUCCAAGCCCCUGCCCCCAGGAUCACCCUGUCCUCCAGUGGGGGCCCAAUCUGCCUUGGUCCUGGGAUCUUAGCCCACUGAUUUUGUCUGGCUGCCUUAGCACUCACCUGCCCCUCUUAGCCAGCCAGCUCUGGGGAAACAGCAGGUGGAGGGGAGAAAUAGGUAAAAUUGAAAGGAAGCUUCAGUAUUAGAUGCACUUAUGUCAGCCUCGACCAUCCUAUCCCCCUCCUCUUAGUCAUUGCUUAGGAGGGUUGGUAUUUAAGGAAAAAAAAAAGAUUGACUCUUCCUCAUUCCUCCAUAUAGGGUUUGCCAUCCCAGUCUCUGAAAGCCCUGUAUUAUUAUUUUCUGUGUUCGGGAUGACAGAGACCCCAAGCCUCCUGCAGCCACUGUGUUUGUAAGGCCAACUGAAAGCAAAGGGGCUAAAUUGGAACUUUUGGAAACCAAGCAAAACAAAAACAUAGGGAGGGUCCUGUUUUAAAGAAUUAGGUUAAAUAAUAGGUCCAACCAGUUUAUAUCUUAGUUUUAGUGUUUCAUCUCACCUAAUAGUUUGGGAGACUCCAGAUUCCCAGUCUCCACAGUCCUGGUGGGGCUGCAGUAGAAAUGAUUACUCCUAGUCUUCUUGCCUGUCCCUUUUAUAGGCAAGGAGUGUCUGGGAGGCUCUGGGACAGGGACUGCUUCACUGAGGCCUUAUGGAGACAGUGAACGAUGUUUGAAAUUUUCUCUUCUUUUUAAGAUUCUUAAUUCUUCAGGUGCUAGUUCCCAUCUUCCUCUGAAGGCCACCCCAUGGAGUGAAAGUGAAGGUUUAGACAUCAUUUUGAGAAUGCUGACACUUUUAGGACUGAGUGGGGGGGUUGGGAAAAAAAUUUUUUUCUUUAAAAGAAGGAUGAACAAUUAUAUUUAUAUUUCAGGUUAUAAUAGUUUUUUAAGUGGGAAUGAUUGGACUUGUUGCCAUGGGCACCUUGGGAUUUGUAAUGCAAAUGUCUUUAAAAAAUCUUUUUUUCUUUUUAUGAUUUUGUCUCUCUUCUCCCACCUUUUGUCCUUGAAUAUUCUUGCCAUUAACAUUAUUUGUAAUUUAGUUUGUAAUUCAUUAAAAAAAAAGUUCCUGGUUUUAUAGUU